GGCCAACACAACACAAGCAUUCCGUGCGCUGCCUGCCAACCUAAACCCCCGCUAACCAUCACCAAACAAAUAUUCAAAGCCGCAGCUCAACUCAAAUACGCGCGCACACAUGAACGAGCAAAGCCAGCCUCUGCCAAGCCAAACUCACUAGCACAAGACAACCACCAUGGCGGCCAUGGCUCGCUUGCACGGCACCAUCUUCUUCCUCCUGCUGCUGCUGGGGACCGCGGCAGCCGUGCCGCAAAACGACGACCCACGGUGCCGUCCAACGCUCCCGCUCCGGCGCGGCGCGAUCGCCGUCUACCCGAGCGACAUGGAGCAGCUCCAGUUCCUCCUCAACGCCAAAUUCGUGGAAGCCGAGUGGUUCCUCCACGGCGCGCUGGGCCGUGGGCUCGACUACCUCGACCGCAACCUCUCCGCCGGCGGGCCGGCCCCGACGGGAGCCCGCAAGGCGAACCUCGACUUCCGCACCACGGAGAUCGCGGCGGAGCUGGGGUACCAGGAGGUGGGCCACAUCCGGGCCAUCACCCAGUCCAUGGGCGGGUUCCCGCGGCCCGCCAUCGACCUCAGCGCCGACCGCUUCGCCGCCGUCAUGGACGACGCCAUGGGCGCCCGCCUCGACCCGCCCUUCGACGCCUACGCUGGCGACCUCAACUUCCUCCUCGCGUCCUACAUCCUCCCCCAUGUCACCGCCUCCGUCGCCGUCGGCAUCGCCCCCAACCUCAUGGGCUACGCCUCCAAACGCCUGCAUGCGGGGAUGCUGGCGGUGGAGGCGGGGCAGGAGGCGGUGAUCAGGCUGCUGCUGUACCAGCGGGCGGACGAGGCGGUGGCGCCGUACAAGGGGAGGACGGUGGCGGAGUUCACGAGACGGAUCUCCGACUGGCGGAACGGGCUCUCCGGGUGCGGCGCCAAGGACGAGGGCGUCAAGGUGCUCGACCGGCGGCAAGGGGCGGAACGGCGCACCGUGAGCAAUAUACUUGGCGCCGGGGUCGAUUCGCUCGGGUACGGACGAACGCCGGCGGAGGCGUUGAGGAUUCUGUAUGGGUCGCGGAACGAACAGGUCCCCGGCGGGUUCUUGCCAAGCGGCGCCAAUGGCACCGUCGCCAGAGGCUUCUUCCAGCUCGCCUAGGAAAUUGGCACUUUGUUGCGGCUGCUGCUGCUGCAAAUUGACACUUCGAAAGUUCGAAUUGAGAAAUGUGUCAAGUCGGUGUGCACGUAUAAAAAAAACACUUCUGCCAUGAUGGAGCAAAGAUGAAUCUUAAAACACUUUGGAAAAGAUAAGGAACUGUCGUAAUGCACAAUUAAACUUGGGAAGAUAUAUACAUGAACUGCUCUCUCAGUUAUAAGACGUACUUUGUUUUCUUUAAUUU